AUGCGUCUUGCUCUUACUGCCAUUUCUACCCUCUGGGCGGCCACAUUGGCCAGUCCAACCCCUCACGCCCAAGGCACCUGGGAAAUCCUAUCCCCUAUCCCCAUCGCACCGCGACAGGAGCAUUCAGUUGCUGCCCUCUCGGAGAACACUCUCGCCAUUGUUGGUGGCAUUAUCCCAAAUCCAGACGGAGAGGGUAUCAACACAACCUCAAUAGUACAGCUUUACGACAUCCCCACCGACACGUGGCGAUCAGUUGCCCCGGCGCCUAUCCAGGUUAAUCACCCCAACGUUGUGGCGGCUGACGGCAAGAUCUAUUUAUUGGGUGGGCUUUCUGUUGCCUCUGACGGCGCUUGGAGAGCCUUUCCUGACUCUUGGGUCUAUUAUGCUGAGCGAGACGAGUGGUUGCCGCUGGACCCUAUUCCGGACGGCCAAGAGAGGGGUAGUGCCGCCAUGGGUGUUUACGGAAGCACCAUUUACAUGGCGGGAGGCAUGCGCACUUUGGUUCCUGGUCCAGGCGGAGAGCAAGAUACUGUCGACUUUGUAUCAGCCUUUGACACAGUCUCAUCAAAGUGGAUCAGACUUCCCAAGCCAGCGAGGAAGAUUCCCGAAGGAAGAGAUCAUGCUGGUGUUGCUGUUGUAGGAAACAAGUUCUACGUUCUUGGAGGAAGGCUCCGAGGCCAGCACAACGUAAAAGACACCGUCUUCAUCCUCGACCCCAAGAACUUGCACAAGGGAUGGACUACCAGCAAGUCAAGAAUGCCUACUCCCCGUGGAGGUGUCGUUUCAGGCACGAUUGGAUGCGAGGUUUACAUCAUGGGAGGCGAGGGCAACACUGCCGCCGGAGCAGAAGGUAUCUUUAAUGACGUCGAGGUGUUUGACACUAAGGCCGAGGCUUGGAGGAAGCUCGAUGCCAUGAGGCUUCCCAGGCACGGAGGGUCGGCUGUGGCGGUCAAUGAUGGGAUUUACCUUCCUGGAGGAGGCACGAGACUGGGUGGCUCUCCUGUUGAUGUUUUAGAUGUCUAUUGGCCAUGA